GAGGAGUGGAUUGGGCACGCUGUCGUGUGCGACGUUCAGGUGCUCAGGGUCCUUGUCAGCCCAACAACCGAACCGCUGCGGCUCGUCGCCGUGCCUCUGAUCUCCCGGUGCUUGACGACCCUGCAGCUUCAGUGUGUAGAGCUGGACGAUGAUGCCUUGGAUUUCUCGAGCUGUCCUGUGUUGGAGGAUCUAAAGAUGAGCUUAUGCAUAAUUUCUGCUCAGAGGAUGUCAUCGCACUCGCUGAAGCACCUCUGCGUCGCUGAAUGUAGCAUUGCACCGGAUUUCCGCACACGGAUUUCUACCCCGGGUCUUGUUUCGCUGCGCCUGAGUGUUCAGUGCUGGCGGGCUCCUUUGCUGGAAAACAUGCCAUUACUAGAAACAGCAUUUGUCAAACUUAGCUCCCUCCCACUAGAUCAUCGAUGGUUUGGCUACCAUGGAGAUAGCAGUUCUAAUCAUCCUGACGGCAGUGGAAAGUGUGUGCUUCUUAGCGGUUUGACCAAUGCUACUCAUUUGGAGUUGGAAGCUGCAGAUGGAGUGCAUAUUUUCAAGCUAGACUUGGCAUGCUGCCCUAUAUUCAACAAGUUAAAGACCUUGCUACUCAAUGAGUCGGUUGUUGGUCGUAACUUUUGUGCACUACUUUGCUUUCUUCACCAUACACCAGUUUUAGAGAAGCUCAUUAUUCUCCUGCAUGAGGAUCAAAAGCCUAUGAUGAAUAUGGAAGAAAGUCACCUUCAAUCUCUACGCCUUAAAACUGUCGAAUUCAGAUGCACAAAGGUUGAUGAAAGUGGUUCACAUUUGUUCAAAGAUGCUGACUCUUGAUAACUUCAGUAUCCAGAAGAACGAACACUAAUAUUCCAUUCCAUGUAAGUUAAAUAUGGAUAUUUUGGCAUGCUUAUUUUUAUAACAUUGUAUCUGUUUAUAUUAGUCACAAAGCAAUGACUGAAGAAGUCAAUAACUAGGAGUUAUGUUUUGACAUUUUAGCAUUGGUUAAGAAAAUGGUAAUUAUGCAUUCAUUUUGUAGCAACUAUUAUCCAAAACAGUACUAGAGAUGUAUCAAAACGAAUCAUCAUUUAUGCACAAGAUCAUAUUAUGUAUCAAAUUAUUUCACACAUGUGAAGGCCGUCAGCAGUUUAUCACUAUUGGGAUGGUCCUACUCUUUUAGCAUUGUUUCUUAAAAUGGAAAAUUUAAUUCAUUUCGUAACAGCUCAUAUGUUGUGCUCUUACAAAAUUUAUGUUUUUCUUAAACAAGCAAAAUUUAUGUUUAUAUUGUUAUAGCUAGAAUUAGGAUAUCUGAUUGGUUGAGAAAGAACUGGGUUAUGUAGGGGUAAACAGUACGAAUUUAAUCUGAUUUAUUCUCAGAAAUGAAACCUAGUGUGAUUUUAUGUUUGGCAGCAACAUACCUGAAAUUAUUUAUGUCAUAGGUUCUGUUCGUAAUUUGGAUAAUAGAUGUUAAAUUGUGUGUGUAACAGCUCUCUUGAAUCUGCAAAUUAUAUCUACUAUUUGGCUGUUGCCUUGAAAUACACAUCAAAAUUCAAAAUAAAGAAGCGAUUCUACCUUGCUGCCUAGCAAAACGAGUGUGACAUUGUAGAUGCAUAAAGGUAUUGAUUUUAUUCUUUUUUUUUGAGUUUACAGUAUGUUAGAAGAUAAAGCUUAACAAUAUUUUCAUGUUGAUAUGAUGUUUGAGUUGAAGUACUUGAUCCUUACAUCAAUCAGGAACUGAUAGCGCUCAGAAGCUAUUACAAAUAUCUCUAAAAUGUAAUAUGCAUUCCGGAUUUCCGGUGCAGGGUGGUGCCUAUGUAGCUGGUGCUCCCAUAGUCAAUCAUUUGGAUUUUCUGUUUUCUUCUCCUACGUACUUACACAUCUAUCAAAUUCACCGGUCCUUAUCUUGGUGCCCACUUGAUCUUCCACCUUUUCUCAACUUGGUACUUUUUUUCGAGAAAACGCAAGAGAGCUUGCAUUUCAUUGCUUUGGAAAGAAAGAGGGUUUUAGUUACAAUCCUCCAAGGAGGGAAUUACAGUGCCCAAAGGCACAUCAGUGAGCGUCCCAAGUUUGCGGUACGAUGGCUCGUAGCCCUAGGGCGCCGGCUCUGGCCCAGAGGGCGGCCUUGUCCUUGAUCUUCGUGAGCAGGUCGGUCGCCGAGGACCGUCCUCUGUCGAAGACGCAGUCGUUACGAUGCUUCCAGAUCAUCCAUGGGACGAGGAGGGUCGCGGAGGCGAGGCCCUUGCGCAUGGGUUUGGGGGUGUGCUGCCGCAUCGUGUACCACCAGUCGUUGAGAGAGGUCUCGCUGUCAGGCGGGGCACAGGGGAGCCGGAGCCAAUGCAGCACCUCGUACCAGAUCUGCCGGGCAAAGGGGCAAGCUAGGAUGAGGUGGUGCAUGGUCUCGGGGGUCUGGUCGCAAAGGGGGCAUCGCGCGGGGUGGGCCGCGGCGGGCGAGCCAGUGGAAGAAUCGGACGCGCGGGGGUGCCCAGUUCUUCCAUGUGAGCUUCCAAGCGUCGCAGCCCGUGGAGCCAUUGAAGGUGGCGAUGUAGGCCGGGGUGCAUGGACAGGGGUGCAUGGAAGAUGGAAGUUAGCUAUGCACGUGCCAAAAGCCCAAAACCAUCACUAGGUUUCAAGAUCUUAUGGGUUUCAACUCUAGCCUAUCCCAACUUGUUUGGGAACAAAAGGCUUUUUUUGCGAAUGAGAAUAAAAGGCUUUGUUGUUGUUGCCAACUGCAAAUGUCAUCAGGAAAUUCCAAAAAUAGUAUUUUGUUUUAAAUAUCUAAUACUCUGCUGACUGGUACCGGGAGAGAACCUAGUGCAAUUUGAUCUUCAUCGAGAAUAUAAAAGUUUUGCAGUUCUUCGUGUUGGUGCUUCUAGUACACGGCUUUAUUUCUGCUUGAAGUUACUAACUAAUGGGUUGUUCCAGAUUUGUAGUUCUACUUCAAGUCAUUAUUGGUUUGUUCACCCAGACGACCGUAUCAUGUGCCACUUCUCUCUUCUCAGUCCUUAUUACUGGAGGAAAUCAACACAUCUUCACUAGAGACAAGAUUUGUAUACUAAGAUUCCGCUUGAGGUGCUCUUUUGAUGGCUGUGAUGUAGGGAAAAUUGGUAGGAUGUGAUAUUAGUAUUUUGGUUAAACUCCUUUAUAAUAAUCCGAACAAUUCCAGUUUUCCCAAAGCAAGGUCAUGUUAGCAAGUUUGUAUAGGCUUACUUUCUGGUUAUAUUAUCAGAACUUACCGUGCUCUUGUCAUCUUUUUACAGGGUUCAGUUUUGCGACAGAUUAGGGAUUAUGAUGAUGGGUCAACCAGCUAGCUCUCAAUUAUCAAGAAGUAUAUUGUCUUGGUUUGCAGGAACCUCACUGCAUGUUCAUGCUCAUAGAAAUGGAGCUUUAAACUGAUUAUACUGGCUACUUAGAUAUAAAUAUACUGAUAUAGUUCAACCUGGCAUAACAACAAUCCUUACUCCGUUACUCGUAGCCUUCAUGUAACUUGUGGCGACUUUGAGAAUUGGUUGAGUAUGUGAGAGAAACUGAGUCGUCCAAAGUUGUAGAACUUUCUGAUUUGCCUGCUUGUCAAUUCAUGCUUGUUUGAUUUGCACUUGCAAGUAAAA